AUGACGCUUGCGACACAACUCCUCGCAAAAAUUGAGGCGUCAUCGACAGGAGUCUCCCGCACACUUCUGCUGUCACUGGCUGUGCUGCUGCUGCAUGGCAUCUACCAACGCGUAAGGCUGCGCCACACCCCCAGCCACCCGCGGAGGACGCUUCGAAGGGUCAAGGAGCCCCGCAGACGACCCAGCGUCCAGCUUGACAAAACUCUUCUUCGUCGCAUUGGGGAACUGCUAUGCAUCUGCUUUCCCCACGUCUUUUCGUUGGAGUCUGGCCUGCUGCUCGUGCUGACCUCGCUUGUUGCGCUCCGUACCUCGCUAACGCUCACGUUUUCCCGAAUAUCUGCGGACAGUACCAGGGCACUUGUCCAGAAAAAUUUUAGCCGCUUUGUUUUUGGUUUGUUCGAUUUUGCUUUGUACGCCAUCCCCGCGACCGUCACCGGCGUUGGUGUCGCCUACACCACCGCCACCUUGGAGCAACGUUUCCGUGCACGGUUGCAGAAUACGCUUCACCAGGAGUACUUUGCAGGGUGCAGGCUGUACGAUUUGGCAACAAAGAGCCUCGUGGACAAUCCGGCCCAUCGCGUGACAACUGACGUGCAGCGGUUCUGCAGCGAGCUGUCGGGUCUGCUUCCUGCCGCAAUAAAGCCGAUUAUGGAUAUUGCCAUAUUGUCUACAGCGUUGGCUAGGUUUGGUGGUUACGGUGCACCGCUCGCACUGAUGGUGUACUACGCCUUUGUUGCCCUCUUGUUCCGUAUGCUGUUGCCAAACUUUGCGGAUUGGAUCGCGCGGAGUCGCGAAAAGGAGGGUAAUUUGCGUUUGCUGCACACACAACUAAUUCAACAUGCGGAGGAGGUGGCUUUCUACCGUGGCGCGGAGAUGGAGGGCGUCAAUGCCGAAAGAAUGUUGGAUUCAUUUAUUCGGCUAGAGUGGCGACUAAAACGGGCAAAGUGGUGGAGCACGUUUAUAAAUGACAUACUGGUCAAGUAUACCGCGACUGGCCUUGGCUACGCCGUCUGCGCCGCCGUGGUUGCCCGGGAGAAGGCCCAUCUCGACACCGCGGCGCUGACGGAACUCUUUGUUCGUUGCACGCGGCUCUACAUUCCCCUCUCUUUGGCGAUGGGAAAAUUGUUGUCCCUCCACUUGAAGAUUGGCGCACUAUGCGGCAGUGCUCACCGUGUGGGUGAGUUGCGAGACGUGCUUGCUGCCCUGCAGCGGGCCGACGAGGACGCUUCUUCACACGUGGUCGAGGUACCAAACAGCGAGGCGAUAGUGUUUACAGAUGUCACUAUCAUUUCCCCCGCGGAUCAAGCUUUAUUGCUCGAUUUUACGGCGACUUUUAAGUCCGGACGCCACGUACUGAUCGUAGGAUGCAACGGUGCAGGUAAGACAGCUCUCCUGCGGACGCUCUGUGGGUUAUGGCCGCUGCAGUGCGGUACUGUGGAGCGACCCACCAUGCCGGAGCUAGUUUUCUUGACGCAGCGGACCUACCUUCCGCCGGGCACACUCCGUACUCAGCUGCUAUACCCUGCAGUAGAGGGUGAGGAGCAGGCCCGCGGAAUCACAGACGAGAUGCUUCUGCAUCUGGCCGCAGAACUCGGUUUGAGUGGCGUUGUGGAGCGGGAGGGAGGAUUGGAUGCCGAGAAGGAGUGGGGUGAAGUUCUCUCCGGAGGCGAGCGGCAACGCAUUGCCCUCGUUCGCGCCAUGUCUCACUGUCCCACAUUUGUGUUCCUAGACGAAUGCACCAGUGCCGUGUCGCAGGACGUAGAGCCACUUUUGUACGCGAUGCUGCAGCGUCGGGGGGUGACGUUGAUUACCGUCUCCCAUCGUGAGGCCCUGAAGGUGCUCCACCACGACAUAGUAAGGAUGGACGGGAUGGGCGGCUAUGACAUCUCCGCGGUGGGCGAUUCCCAAUAG